GUUAAUGAUGGAUUGUACUGCUUUUGUGUUCUGAUGGGGUGUUUUUAGUUGGAUUUUGAUCUGAAAUUUUGGGUUUUUUUUUUUAAUUUAUUUGCACAAUUUGCUAUUUUUAGUUUGUUUAUCUAACAAAGCGAUAAUUUUGUGAUUUUUUUUUUCUGUAUUGAUUGCUAAAUCCAUUGGUCUGGCUGUUAAGAUUAUGUGAAAAAGAAAGUGAAUCAAAAUGAGAGAGAUGGAGGCGAGAGAGGAUGAAAAGUUCAAUGUUGUUUGAGUUUAAAAAGGAAGUACAGGUUCUGUUGGGAGAGUUCUAGUAAAGAAAAUUGUAGAAGAUCAGAAUUUUGGCAGCAAGAGAUGGUUGUGGAAUCGUGGUUUCGUGGACUCUUGAAAAUUCCACGGAAGCAUGAGUCAGGUUCUGAAAAGGCAGUGAUUGGAGUUCAGGCCUUUGAAGUUGCUAGCUUGAUGUCUAAGUUGAUUCAUCUAUGGCAGACAUUAAGUGAUAAACAGGUUUCUAGGUUGAGAGAGGAGAUAUCAAAUUCCGAGGGUAUAAAAAAGCUUGUAUCAGAAGAUGAUGAUUUUAUUGUUCGUUUGAUUUGUGUAGAGUUGUUUGAGAGUAUGAUACAUGUGGCGAAAUCUGUGGUCAGAUUGGGGAAGAAAUGCUCUGACCCAACUCUGAAGAGUUUCGAGCAUGUUUUUGAGGAAUGGAUCAAGCUUGGCACUGAUCCAUAUGGGUGGGAGUUUUCAUAUAGGAAGAUGGAUAAGAAAGUUAAGAAGAUGGAACAUUUCAUUUCAAUCAAUGCUACAUUGUAUCAAGAGAUGGAAAUGCUUUCAGAUCUUGAGCAGACUGUGAAGAGAAUCAAAGGUAAUGAUCCGGAGCCUGAUAAUUUGCUUAAUUGUCAGAAGAAGCUUGUGUGGAAACAGCAGGAAGUGAAAAAUCUUAGGGAGAUCUCACUUUGGAACAGAACAUAUGAUUAUACUGUCCGCCUUCUAGUGAGAUCACUGUUCACAAUAUUCAGUAGAAUGAAUCAUGUCUUUGGCUUUAAUCUGUUGGUUUCCACAGAGCACUCAAAAGUUGUGAAUUCUGAUUAUAUUAAUCGCAGCCAGUCAGUUUCUGCACUAAUGGAGUCAGUUCAUUCUUCGGAGAGCAGUAGCAUUCCUAGAUUUUCUUCUGGUCCCCUUGGUGGAUUUAUUGCAAAAUCGGGUCCAAUUUCAAAAUCAAAUAAAACCAAUCAUUUCUAUUCUGGUCCUCUUGGUGGUCCAACUGCAAAGUCUGGCCCUAUUUCUGGAAAGAAUAGGAAUAUGAACUUUUUUUCAGGUCCUCUUGGAAAGCCAACAACAAAGUCAGGCCCUAUUUCGGGAAUAAACAAAUUCAGCAAGAAGAUGUGGCAGAUUCCUCAGUCCCCUGCUUUUCUGGGGAAGAAACUCCACUCAAAACCAAAUAGAUCGACUCAAGUUGGACCUUUUAAAGGGUGUAUGGUAGCUGCAAAUAGUUCACCUGUUGUCAAUUGCUACUUAAGUUCAACAGUUGUUCAUUCUGGAAAUGUUAAUGAAGCCAAUGAAUAUCGCACUGACUACCUUUCUCCAGCCAGCAUGGCUCAUUCUGCACCAUCGAUACUCAGUUCAAGGUUCAAGUUGUCGGAUGCUCUUCCUGAAACUCUUGGUGCCGCUGCUUUGGCACUGCACUAUGCAAACGUUAUUGUUGUAAUUGAAAAGUUAGCUGCAUCUCCUCACUUAAUUGGUCAUGAUGCAAGAGAUGAUUUGUACAAUAUGUUGCCUUCAAAAGUGAGGAAUUCACUAAGAGCAAGGCUAAAGCCAUACUCUAAGAGCUUGACCUCGUCUGGUUAUGAUACUGCUCUUGCAGGAGAGUGGACUAAUGCAAUUACAACAAUAUUAGAAUGGCUGGCUCCACUUGCUCAUAACAUGAUAAAAUGGCAAUCAGAUCGAAGUUUUGAGCAGCAGAACUUUGUUUCACGAACAAAUGUGCUCCUGGUACAGACCCUUUAUUUUGCAAAUCAAGAAAAGACUGAAGCAACCAUAACUGAGCUUUUGGUUGGUCUCAAUUAUGUUUGGAGACUGGGGCGAGAACUCAACACAAAAGCUUUGCAGGAAUGUGCUGGUGGUCUUGGAUUUAGUGAAUAUUUGGAGCAUGAUAAGUGAUGAUAUCAUCAAGGCUGUAGUAAUUGCUACCAUGAUUCCAGUUACCUCACAAUUGACUGGAUUCUUCCAGGUUCACCUGGCAGGUCCAAGUGGCUUCUCAAAUCCUGUGGACAAACAUUAUUCAGUUUACUCGGUGAUGAGGAGGUUGAACAUGAAACCCCCUGGAAUUUCCUACACCAAAAGCCAUCUUAGCGAGUUUGAGGUAUGGUAUGAGCUUCCAAAUAGUAGUGCUAAUUUUCCUUAUGUGAGUGGAGAUUUCCCCUCCUGUGGCCACUUUAAAUAGUGGCUUCUCUAUCUUCUUCCUGGUGAAGCUAGUCUAGGCUUAUUAAUUUAGUUGUUGUUGGAUGAGUUGUGUAUAUUUUAUCAGAUACAUAUAUCUAUCUAUGUUAAUUGUAAAUUUACCUGAUAAGAUUUUAAUUUCAUAUAUGAGAAUUGAGCAUGCUUCCUUU